UGCUCAGCUGGUCCCCUCCUGAGGCUCAUGUGACCAGAAUCCAGCUAUAAAUAUCAGAGGCAGAAGUCGGUCGCCAGGAAAAGAAAGUAAAGAGGCUCCAGGAGGGUAUCUGGUGAAGACACAAGCCCCCAAAUCUGCUUAGGGCGAGGUGGGUACAGAAGGUUGCCAAUCAGACUCCAGGCCCUCAGUCAAUAUGGAUUAUAAAUCAGGCCUCAUCCAGGAUGGGAACCCCAUGGAAAACCUGGAGAAGCAGCUCAUUUGUCCCAUCUGCCUGGAGAUGUUUACCAAGCCCGUGGUCAUCCUCCCGUGCCAGCACAAUCUCUGCCGGAAAUGUGCCAAUGACAUCUUCCAGGCUGCAAAUCCCUACUGGACCAACCGGAGUGGCUCGGUGUCCAUGUCUGGAGGCCGUUUCCGCUGCCCCUCCUGCCGCCACGAGGUGAUCAUGGACCGGCAUGGCGUGUAUGGGUUGCAGAGGAAUCUGCUUGUGGAGAACAUCAUUGACAUCUAUAAACAGGAGUGCUCCAGCCGGCCUCUACAGAAGGGCAGUCACCCCAUGUGCAAGGAACAUGAAGAUGAGAAGAUCAACAUCUACUGCCUCACGUGCGAGGUACCCACAUGCUCCAUGUGCAAGGUGUUUGGGGCUCACCAGGCCUGUGAGGUGGCCCCUCUGCAGAGUGUCUUCCAGGGACAAAAGACUGAGCUGAGUAACUGUAUUUCCAUGCUGGUGGCCGGGAAUGACCGAGUGCAGACCAUCAUCACUCAGCUGGAGGACUCUUGUCGAGUAACCAAGGAGAACAGCCACCAGGUGAAGGAAGAGCUGAGCCAGAAGUUCGAUGUCUUGUACGCCAUCCUGGAUGAGAAGAAGAGUGAGCUGCUGCAGCAGGUCACCCGGGAACAGGAGGAGAAGCUCAGCUUCAUCGAGUCCCUUAUCCAGCAGUAUCGGGAGCAGCUGGACAAGUCUACGAAGCUGGUGGAGACAGCCAUCCAGUCUCUGGAUGAGCCCGGAGGGGCUAUCUUCCUCUUGAGUGCCAAGCAGCUCAUCAAAAGCAUAGUGGAAGCUUCCAAGGGUUGCCAACUGGGGAAGACAGAGCGGGGCUUUGAAAACAUGGACUACUUCACACUGGACUUGGAGCAUAUAGCAGAUGCACUGAGGGCCAUCGACUUUGGAACAGAUGAGGAAGAGGAAGAGUAUAUUGAAGAAGAGGGUCAUGAAGAGGAAGAGUCCACAGAGGGGAAAGAAGGACAUCAGUAAUAAGUUGGAUGAAGGAAAGACUCUCCAGAUGCAGAAGAACUGGCAUAGGUGGGGCUGGGCCCAGCUGCCUUGGUGACAGGCUCCAUGUGGGCGGGGCUGGGAUCCCUGGGGCUGGGGUGAUGGGGAAGUACGGUCUUCUCCUUGCUCAGAGAGCUGGCACUAGGAGUAGGGGCCCCAUACCACUGUGUCCAGCUGCCACAAAACUUGAAUCAGAAACAUGCUUGAUACAACUACACAGGACACUUUUCUAUGUUGAUGCAAAAUGGAAUAUUUUGUACGUUUUUAAAAUGUGAUUUUUGUAUAUACUUGUAUAUGUAUGCCAAUUUGGUGCUUUUUGUAAAGGAACUUUUGUAUGAUAAUGCCUGAUCAUUGUGUUACUGGCCACUGUGUGUUUGUUAGGAGGAAAAGGAAGCCAGGAUGAGACAGCUACCCGUUUCCUCUCUUCAGUGAGAGGUCUUGGCCACACUCACAGACUUAGGAGCAGAUAGUGUACUGUACUUCAAUGUCUGUCCCUGAUGCACAGGGUAGAAACCGAGUUUGUGUUAUAAGCUGCUUUAAUAAAUGCACAUUACUUUC